AUGUCGUCGCAUGGAGAAGUUCGAAGCGUCGCUUCAACACUACUUCCUCCUCUCCCGCACCGCGUAUCCUACCUAACACCCUCCCAACUCGCUUCAUUACCCAAGCUUACGCCGUGUAAACCAUUAGCAAUCAAAAAACGCAGAAGGCACAGCGUCCGGAACAAACCUAUCACGAACUGUGAUUUCGCCUUUGCCUUCUCCUUCGCCUUGCACCCGUUGUAUUCCCCCAGCGCGACCGAAACGCCAUUCAUCGGCCCGCGCCGUCGACGGUCUAAAGUCCCAUCAGACAGGGAUUUACGGAAACGAUGCCCUUGUUCCCCGCUGUCGUCCCUAUGUGCACCAGAAGAGGACGCACGGGAGGUCGAGAGGGUCAUUCGCGAGCUAACCGCGUUGUCAUCAUAUAAGCCGCGGGUCACGCCUGCUUCAAGUUCCAAUGACGGUCGCGUCCCGACACGAACGCCGAUACCGAUACCGCGAUCCCAACGUGAAUCGCAUGGCACCACGUUGGGCAGCUACUACGACUGCAAACGUGCACCGAAUGGAAAGGCUUCCGAGUCGCUUGGAAUUCAAAAUUGGGGCAAUUGGAUAAAAGCCAUUGCUAUUAAUCCCGGUUAUAAAACCCACGAUGAUAUCUUUCUCUGUGUUCACGAAAAGGCCGCAAUGUCCAGACAUACCCAGCAGCGCACAUCGUCGCAGCUGUCGGAGGAAUACAUCCAGGACAGCUUCCACAGCUACCUCAAGUCGUCACUGAGCCAGGCGAAAGCGGAGCGCCUGCUCGAUGUAGAUGUGUUAGCGAGUGCAGAGGGAGACUUGAUGAUUACAGGUCCUGCGCUGUGUUUGUACUUCGCGGCGUUGAGAUGCACAACCAACCCCCCAUCCGUACCGCUCCCUCGAUCACCCAAAGCCACUUCUCCUUCGUCCUCGCAGCCCAUGGAGCUUUCGUACGACAACUGCCCGCCCGCAUUCGUUUCCUUCCUGCGCGUCUGGGCAGACGCCGUGCCGGGUAUCCAAAGUCUACCGCCCGAGUCACAGCACGACCUCGCACGGGUGAUCUGCGGCCUACCCCCUCUCCUCCAGCAGGACGCCCCGACGAUCCACGGCAUCGCUGCGGACUUGCGUGCAGUCGCCAUCGAAAUCAGUCAGCGGCGGUCGUUCCAGGAUAGAUAUGCCGCGGACCUGCAGGCGGCGUUGGAUGCAGGCGGUGCACCGAGCCCGCGAAAGGCGUCGUUCGUCCCCCCACCGGUGUACGAUGCAACGCCACCAGAGUCUCCACGGACAUCGAUCGAGUCCCGGCGCGACCUACCCCCACAAUCCCCAGGUCUGCUUAGCCCGUACGCAUCAGGUCACUCGACGGCCUCGACCUCAUCGACAUUCUCCCGUUCCUCGUCUUCGUCUUCCACCCCAUCAAUACUAACCCAAGAUUCCCCCGCCAUUGAAUUUAUCCGUGAAACCCUCUACGCCUCGCUCGCCGACGCACUGGAGCAGCACCCCUCCCUACGCCAACUCCUCGGGCGUGACCGUACGCGCGCCUACUUUGCCUCCGUUGCAUUCGCUAUCCUCGAUGUCGCAACCCACGCGGUCACACCCGACGGCAACGCGAUUGUAGGCGUACUCGGCAAGCCGCUGACAAUGGAAGAAUGUCCCGUGGCGCUUCGCCCGUUUAUGAGCGAGCUUUCAACAAUCGGGCGGCUGGCCAGGGAGAUGGAGGAGGAGGACAACGAAGUGGCAAUGCGUUGUGCGCAGCGCGGAGAAGAGGUGCCAGUACCACGGCUAGAACGAGUUCGCAUGGUGCUGGAGGAAGGUGUUGGGUAUGAUCGGGAAAGGAAUGGGGCGCAAAGGAGUGGUCGGCGGAGUGUAGAAGGCCGUGCUGUAGCGUUUGCCAACCGGAUUAACGCGCUCAGUCUGGGUAUGACCAAACUGCGCGCGUUCAGGGAACGGCAGGACGAUGUUUUCAAGGUCCUGGCUGGGAUUGGAUCGUAA